CGCGACGCCUGCGCGCCAAGUGACGCCGCGACGCUCAGUGUUUGCCCGGCCGGCUCUCCGCGAGUGUGAGCAUUGUGCUGGAACCUCUCUGCUACACUCAUCUUCCAUAUCGAGUAUCAGGAAUGCUAUGUCGAUAGGAAGAAUGUGAAGAUCUUCAUACCGUUUCUAAGGAGAAUGAGUUUUUAAAUUGACACUACAAAGAAAAUACUACAAAUCUAUCUUUAAAUAUACAUUUCAGUGCUUAACAUUUUCAAUUAGACUGUAAUAUCUGAAGUAAGUGGAAAAUUUUAGUGUAAAGUAGGUCUCACAGUAUGACUGCCAGGUGAUACUCCCACAAGACACUACCUGUUAGGUGUGUGGGGAUGACCAUAAAUGACGUGGAAUAUGCUCCUGACAGUGUUCAAGACCUAGAAAUGACCGAGGACAGUUAGACAUGAUGAACUCUAGCACCAGUUCCAGGGAGGCUUUGGCCGACGUGUACGAUCUGAAUGAGACGGAUCACGUGAUCGAUCAGCUGAUAAGUGAUUUCUCUGAGGCACAGUUGAGAUACCGUGAGCCCCGUCACAUCGUGCUCAUAGCUUGCUACGUGCCGCUCUUCGUCGUUGCCGCCGCCGCCAACACUCUCAUCAUUGUAGUUGUCAUCAAGUACCACUACAUGCGCAGUGUUACCAACUACUUCCUGGUGAACCUCAGCGUAGCAGAUCUCCUAGUGACAUUUAUCUGUAUGCCCAUGGCUGUCGGCCAGUCGGUAUCAGGACUCUGGCUCUACGGGGAAGCUAUGUGCAAACUCUCUUCUUAUCUCCAGGGGGUGAGUGUGGGAGCAAGUGUGUUCACUAUAACAGCCAUGAGCAUAGACCGCUAUCUCGCUAUCCGCCACUCCAUGGCUUUCCGGAAGGUCUUUAACCGGAAGUCUACGAUAUUCGUUAUCCUGUUCUUGUGGCUAGUUUCCCUGACCAUCUUCGCGCCAGUGUUGUGGGUCAGGCAGACGGAGCUGGUGGACCUGGGAGAUGAUCCUCUGCUCUCAGCGGCCGUGCAGAGGUACGGCCUCACAUGGUGCAUCGAGGACUGGCCUCAUCGCUCUCGACACAUCUACGGAGUGCUGUGUUUUGUGCUGGUGUAUUUUACUCCGGGCUGUGUGGUGAUCCUGGCGUACUCUCUAAUGGGCCGUCGCCUUUGGGUCGUGAGACCACCCUUCGACAAGGACGAAGGAAGUGCCAGCACUCAACAGGUGAGGUUGGUGAGAGAAAGGCGAAGGAUAGCCAGGAUACUCCUGCUGUUGGCAGUCCUGUUUGCCCUCUGCUGGCUACCAUACAAUGUCCUCUCCUUGCUACUAGAUCUGGACGUGUCACUGCCUAACAUCGGCAUGCAUCAGGAGAUGCUGAUGACGCUGUUUCCUUUCACCCUGCUUCUGGGCCAUGCCAACUCUGCCAUCAACCCUCUCCUCUACUGCUUCAUGACCCGUAACUUCAGGCGGUCAGUCCGGAGCUUCGUCUGCCACACGGGCAUCGCUCGUCCCCGGCUGCGACAGCGAGUCAAAAUUCGCAGCGCCACGUCGUCGAGUGGAUACGCUUCUUACCACAGCCCACAUCGGCGAUGUUACGUAGUCAGCAGCCACCAUCCUCGCACCACAGGCACUCAGCUGAGAACCCUCAACUACCUGUGAGUCGGCCUGCCACAGUUUGAUACAGCUGACUACUCACAUACCACAUCGGCGAUGUUAUGUAGUUAUCGUCCACCAUCCUUACAUCACAGGCACUCAGCUGAUAAUCCUUAACUCCCUGAAUGUCGGCCUGCCACAGUCUGAUACAGCUGAAUACCCACAUACCACAUCGGCGAUGUUAUGUAGUUAUCGUCCACCAUCCUUACACCACAGGCACUCAGCUGAUAAUCCUUAACUCCCUGUAAGUCGGCCUGCCACAGUCUGAUACAGCUGAAUACCCACAUACCACAUCGGCGAUGUUAUGUAGUUAUCGUCCACCAUCCUUACAUCACAGGCACUCAGCUGAUAAUCCUUAACUCCCUGUAUGUCGGCCUGCCACAGUCUGAUACAGCUGAAUACCCACAUACCACAUCGGCGAUGUUAUCGUCCACCAUCCUUACAUCACAGGCACUCAGCUGAUAAUCCUUAACUCCCUGUAUGUCGGCCUGCCACAGUCUGAUACAGCUGAAUACCCACAUACCACAUCGGCGAUGUUAUGUAGUUAUCGUCCACCAUCCUUACAUCACAGGCACUCAGCUGAUAAUCCUUAACUCCCUGUAUGUCGGCCUGCCACAGUCUGAUACAGCUGAAUACCCACAUACCACAUCGGCGAUGUUAUCGUCCACCAUCCUUACACCACAGGCACUCAGCUGAUAAUCCUUAACUCCCUGUAAGUCGGCCUGCCACAGUUUUAUACAGCUGACUACUCACAUACCACAUCGGCGAUGUUAUGUAGUUAUCGUCCACCAUCCUUACAUCACAGGCACUCAGCUGAUAAUCCUUAACUCCCUGUAUGUCGGCCUGCCACAGUCUGAUACAGCUGAAUACCCACAUACCACAUCGGCGAUGUUAUGUAGUUAUCGUCCACCAUCCUUACAUCACAGGCACUCAGCUGAUAAUCCUUAACUCCCUGUAUGUCGGCCUGCCACAGUCUGAUACAGCUGAAUACCCACAUACCACAUCGGCGAUGUUAUCGUCCACCAUCCUUACACCACAGGCACUCAGCUGGUAAUCCUUAACUCCCUGUAAGUCGGCCUGCCACAGUUUUAUACAGCUGACUACUCACAUACCACAUCGGCGAUGUUAUGUAGUUAUCGUCCACCAUCCUUACAUCACAGGCACUCAGCUGAUAAUCCUUAACUCCCUGUAUGUCGGCCUGCCACAGUCUGAUACGGCUGAAUACCCACAUACCACAUCGGCGAUGUUAUGUAGUUAUCGUCCACCAUCCUUACACCACAGGCACUCAGCUGAUAAUCCUUAACUCCCUGUAAGUCGGCCUGCCACAGUUUUAUACAGCUGACUACUCACAUAUCACAUCUGGCGACGUUAUGUAGUUAUCGUCCACCAUCCUUACACCACAGGCACUCAGCUGAGAACACUCAACUACCUGUGAGUCGGCCUGCCACAGUUUGAUACAGCUGACUACUCACAUACCACAUCGGCGAUGUUAUGUAGUUAUCGUCCACCAUCCUUACAUCACAGGCACUCAGCUGAUAAUCCUUAACUCCCUGUAUGUCGGCCUGCCACAGUCUGAUACAGCUGAAUACCCACAUACCACAUCGGCGAUGUUAUCGUCCACCAUCCUUACAUCACAGGCACUCAGCUGAUAAUCCUUAACUCCCUGUAUGUCGGCCUGCCACAGUCUGAUACAGCUGACUACCCACAUACCACAUCGGCGAUGUUAUCGUCCACCAUCCUUACACCACAGGCACUCAGCUGAUAAUCCUUAACUCCCUGUAAGUCGGCCUGCCACAGUUUUAUACAGCUGACUACUCACAUACCACAUCGGCGAUGUUAUGUAGUUAUCGUCCACCAUCCUUACACCACAGGCACUCAGCUGGUAAUCCUUUACUCCCUGUAAGUCGGCCUGCCACAGUUUGAAACGGCUGUCUAGUCACAGCCCACCUCGGUGAUGUUUCGUUUUCCGCAGCCAUCAUCCUCGAACCACAAGCACUCAGCUGAGAACCCUCAUUUACCUGAGAUUCAGCCUGCCACAAUAUAACAAGGCUAAUAGUAAUUAUUUUAGCCUUCUACUGCGGCUUUGCUGACCACAUCUGAGCCCUGGCCCUCGGUUGAACCCUUCAAAAAUUCCUACCACAGAACGAUAUACGAGUAGUUACUGCCUAAAUGUUGGUCAUUAUUCUCUAUUUAGGGAUCUUGGAUACUAAUGGCCAGUUCUACGUUGUGGAAUUUUGCAAUUUUGUUUGUAAACAUAUAAAGUAUAAUUAUGUGUUUCUUCGUUGACAUGUCAUAUUUACGUAGUGGUUAUAUUCCAUAUCUAUAAGUCGAUUAUAUUGCAUAUAUAUUCGGUGAUAUUUUUUAAAGCUGUGGUACUUCGUAUUUGGGAAGUUAUUGGACCUAUGGCAUUAAAUGUUUUUGAUCAUAAGUGAUGCCAGAAUCACAUUCAGCAAGUUUAACUUGUCAAGAUAAAUUUCGAUACUGCUGUUUUAUAUGUAAAUAUCGAUAUUCGAUUGUAGUAAUGUUUUAAAGUUUUAUAAGUUUCCUUUGCGUUUUUAGUGUUGGCUGUGAUGUAGGUGUUUUAUUGUUUAACAAAAUGGAUACAAUUAUUAGUUGUUCGAAUAUAGUAUUUAAUAUUCUAAGCGUGACAUACGCCUAUCGACCUAUGGAUAGGUUUACUAAGUUUACUGUCUCAUUUACGAUUUUUGUAACUGUAUAAAUGGACACGAAAUUAAUUAUACUUGCCAUUUAAUCUGUCAUGUUUCCUUUUAUACUAUAAAUUUGUUGUAUUUUUUAAAAUUUGUAUUCAUGGCCAUCAUUUAUCUUAUAACUAUGUUAUUAUGAAAUUAGAAUUUUAUUGUAUAUUACUUCCUUACUUAAUUUUUCCCCCAUUACCUUCAAAAAUACACUUUAAUAUUUCGUGUAAUUGCCAUUUCGUAAAAUAACCAUUUAGUGGAUUACAGAAGAUCUGUUACAUUUAUAUACAUUUUUGCAAUAUUUUAUUAAGUAUUUUUUAAUCUGUAACACAAUUCUUAGUUUAACUGCAUAUUGACUGCUUACGUGUAAUAUGUAUUUUGCACUGUAUAAAAUGAAUUAUAUAUUUAUUUAUGAAUAAAGUGACAU